AACGCUUACUUGUGGUGCUGUUGGCCUGUUGGCGCGCAAAAAUCAUCGAGCCAUCGGAGCUGUCAAGACUGUCAGGGGCAAUGGAAUUCAACACGACUGAUGUGCAGGCCAUGGCAGUGGUAUCAUCAUAUGAAGGAACCAUGCCUGGGAUGAUGUCCAGCAUCAAUCCACUGGCGCAGUUUCAGAUACAAUCACCAGACAAGCCUGUACAGUCACCGGCACGGCCCUUGCAAACACAUGCCCUGGUCAACAGCUACACUCAACAGAUUGUUCAGCGGCAGACAUCUGUCACAGCUGUGGCCCAGCCACGCUUGUCAGCAGUGCUUCCACAACCAGUCAAGACGCUGGUGUUCUUUGACCUCGAAACAACAGGCUUGCCUUUGAAGUACCAGCGAGUCAGCAUCACUGAGAUAGCCAUGGUGGCUGUAGACAGGGCCCACUUUGAGAAGCAAGAAAAGGCUGAAUUUCGGGUGACCAACAAGCUGACACUGUGCUUGAAGCCUCAAGCCUCCAUGCACCCAAUGGCUAUCAAGAAGUCCGGUCUCGACCCCGUUCUCCUGAAGGACCAGGGACUGUUCAAUCAAGCCCAGCCUGCGAUUCGUGCUUUUCUCUCGGUCCUAGCACAACCGAUCUGCCUUCUGGCUCACAAUGGGGACGCUUUUGACUUCCCCAUACUCAUGGAUGAGCUGGUGCAUUCCACGGGCAGCAGUGAUGUGGACAGUGUACUGGGUGUGCCAGGGCUGGCAUGCUGCGACACACUCAAGGCUGUGCACAACGUGUGGCCUGUGCUACCUCCCGCACCCAAGAAGGGACGCGGAUCGGUGGCUGCCAGCAAGCAGAACUCCUAUGCACUUGACCAGCUCUUCAAGCGCUUCUGUGGACGCCGUUCCAAUGCACACCAUGCCGAGCAGGAUUGCGUUGACCUCAUGAAGGUGUGCCACACAGAGAAAGCAGCCUUCCUUGCCUACGUUGAUGCCAACGCGGCACACCUGGCCGAUUCUCGUCGUGACUGGUGAUUGCAGCAGCAACCCCAUCAUGGGAUUUGCGGAGUUGUACAAUGGGGGGUGCAUGUCUGCGCCGUGCCAAAAUCUUUGUAUGAAUUUGGUAGACCAAAAUGUGCCAUCUUCAUGGGGCUUUUUCUGCGGGCCUCUUGCAGAUUUUUGUGAUUUUGACAUGGAUGAUCAUCAUGACUGGUGCAUUGUCGAGUGAGCCUCAUUUUUUUAAAUCUAAGGUUUGAGUACCUACAUUGACGUAGGUAUCUGGAUGUCAAUGCAAGGCUUGCAUGGCAUUCACAAGGUAUCUCAUUUUCGCUGCUCACUCUUAGUCCAUCUUAUUGCCUCUUUGUAGUUUGACCCUCAUUUUCUUCUAAGUGUGGUCCCCCCCACCGGCUGUCUGUGACUCAUAGUUACGUCAGGUGGUGCAGCAUCCACUUUACUUUUGAGGCAGGCUGCAAAGGUGCAGUCACACCAUGUGAAGCAGUGCUAGUCUUGAAUAACAGGAAACAAGUUUCCAUAACCCUACUUAUAAUUUUGCAUAGUGCUGCAAAUGAUAUGGCAUUGUUAAGGUCUACUGUAACAUUGCACUUCACAAUUGCAUGUGGAUGUACAAUGUUUGCGUGCUCCUCCAAAUGAUCAGAGGCAUAAUUGAGUUUUUUCCUUGCCAAGAAAGUGCAAACAGCCAUAACGAGCACCUCAUUUCUGUGGAAUUCUCAAGGCCACAAUUUUUAUGACAAUUUCAUCAUGCUCUGGUAUGCUGUCAAUUGAAUGUUUGUUUUAGGUUGAUCAGACCCUAAAAAAGUUUUUGUAUUAAUUUUUUGCUUAUUUAUCACAUUGCUCAACAAGGAAACAUUUUCUUUCAUUUUGGGUAUUAUCUUAUGAUGCCUUUGCAGCAUUUUUAUAUACCAAUUUUAAAUGGGUUAGGGAGCAUGCGAUAAUUUGGCAUGCAUUACUGACUAUAGGAAUCAUUUGCUUGCAAAGCGAGCUGUCAUUUGGUGUGUGACCUUGACCAACAUGGAACUUGUGCGAUCAAAGUAUUUUUUUAUUUUUGCUGCAUGUGGAGUGUUAAACAGACUGCCUACUUUGGUACUGCGUUAGGCGGUGUGUUAAUACUCACGGCCCUUAGUCUAUGGAAAUGUGCAUCACUUUGUAUUCAUUGUAUGCAUGUCUUAAAGUAAAAAUCUAGUAAUCAUUACUUCAACCAUGUCGACUCACCGAUUUCUCGUUCUCUGCAUCUUUUACUGUGACUGUGGGACAUGGUUUAUCAAGCGUUGAAAACGUGCGAGGUGUGGCCGCCAUCAACUCUCGUCUGUUCCUGUCUUUCUCUGGUGUGCAGUCCUUGCUCUCUCAAGUCUCUUCAGUGCAUGCAAGUGUGCUCAGUGUAAGGGCUCCUCUCCCCUUCACCGGCAUGAACUGCAUGUGGUUACAUUGUGUUUAGUGUAGAGAGCCAAGGUUCGCCAUGAUGGGAGGGCAUUUACGGUCCUUGAAGUGAAAUGGCGGCCCUCUGUAAAGUUUUGCCUGCCAAUGAGAGCAAAACUCGAGCAGUGGAAGGCUGUUGCUUAGUAUGGGCAGAGGGUCUGGGAUGUCCUUCAGUGAAUGCCAUGCUCCCUACUAGGGCUGUAAAAAUAGUAUCUUCCACGCCUUGUCCACACCUCUUUCUAAAAACUAAGCGCUUCACAACUUUGUGCUGCCACCACGAUUGCAGAAGGUUGAAGUUAAGCUUGUACUGCUGCUGUACAUGAGUAUUGUGCAGCAGCAGCAAGCGCCACUGGGAAAAUUGAAAAGGGUCAAGCCAUCAUAUCACGUGAGGGAUGCUAACAGCAGCCUGAUCGGUACGUAGACAAGCAGUGUGGUGCUGUUUAUGUCACUGCCUUCACAUGUGGCAGGGCAUUUCCUUCAUUACUUUUUAAGCCCAUCACCAUAAUUAUGUCUUCCCAUGCGUGGCUCUUUGUAUUGGUUCGCUUGCUCAUUCCAAUUACGGGAAGGAUUUGUUCCAAGUUUUAUGGCAGCUCUUUCACGGCAGUUGGAGCAUUGUAUGGACCACUUAGUGUAAAAUUGUCUGCUCCUUUUUUAUCACCGUAAAGUUUCCUGCUAAUGGUUGAUGAAGCAUACCUUAAAAAAGUUGACAUACUGUUUAUCACGCACGUUUUAUGUGUAGUCAUGGAUUAUGUGAACAGGAUGUGUGCUCAUAGCACAGACAUUGCUGUAUUUUGGCUUGCGAAGUCUAGCUAACGGCACUCUUUGUGGUUACUUGUACGUGCGAACAUCGUGGUUAAUGCAUGGUAAUAGUUUGGAAGCACUGCUGCGGAAAUGUUUUAUAUGUAGGUAGUCAUGCAAUGAGCACUGACAGUUUUGAACUUGUAUUUUGUUGCACAAACUUUUAUACAGGAAUGUAUCCAGGUGAUCUGCAUGUAGUGUAAUACAAGUAUAUAUUGGGUUUUUAUAUGUAUGCCAGGAAAUGGUGCUGAAUAAUCGAGUUUAUAGACGUUGUUCUUAUUCAAUACCCUGUUUUAGCAUGUGCUUCACUUCUUUACCUUGCAUGCCAUUUCUUUCAGUUUUUCUAGUUACGCAUGUCACAUUUCAUUUCCAUAUUGUUGUGCCCCCUGGCAACUAUUGAUCACCUAGUGCUGCAAAAAAAAAAUGCAUUAACAUGGUUCGAAAGUGCAGAAAAAAUUUGUGAGUCUGAGCAUGGCUUGCAGUGUGACCAUAGAAAAGCUUAAGUUGUGUACCUAGAAUGUGUUGUGUAAUAAAUUAUAUUUCCA